AUGCCCCUGGCUGCUUAUUGCUUUCUCCGAGCUGUGGGGAAGGGCAGCUACGGGGAGGUGAGCCUGGUGCGGCACCAGCAGGACAGCAAGCAGUAUGUUCUCAAAAAGUUAAACCUUAGAAACGCUUCCAGCCGAGAGAGGAAAGCAGCAGAACAAGAGGCACAGUUGUUAUCUCAGUUGAAACACCCGAACAUAGUCACCUACAGAGAGUCCUGGCAGGGGGAAGAUGGCCUGUUAUAUAUUGUUAUGGGCUUCUGCGAGGGAGGAGAUCUCUAUCACAAGCUGAAAGAGCAGAAGGGCAAACUUUUGCCUGAGAACCAGGUGGUGGAGUGGUUUGUCCAGAUUGCCAUGGCACUGCAGUAUUUACAUGAAAAGCACAUUCUGCACAGAGAUCUUAAAACACAAAACGUUUUUCUGACACGGACAAACAUAAUCAAAGUAGGUGACCUGGGAAUAGCCAGAGUCUUGGAAAACCAGUAUGACAUGGCCAACACUCUGAUAGGCACACCGUACUACAUGAGCCCUGAGCUCUUCUCUAACAGGCCUUACAACUACAAGUCUGAUGUUUGGGCACUGGGCUGCUGCGUUUAUGAAAUGGCUACACUGAAACAUGCCUUUAACGCCAAAGACAUGAACUCUUUGGUUUAUCGAAUUAUUGAAGGAAAGUUGCCACCCAUGCCAAAGGAUUACAGCCCACAGCUGGUAGAAAUAAUCCGAACUAUGCUCAGUAAAAAACCCGAGGAAAGACCUAGUGUGAAAAGCAUACUGCGACAGCCCUAUAUCAGGCACCAAAUUUCUUUGUUUUUAGAAGCCACCAAGGCGAAAGCAGCCAGAAGUCAGAAGAAAACAGUGAAUUCUAAACCUAAAGAUCCUUGUUCUGUGGUCUCAGUAAAGACUGAAUCUCAUAGUGGGAGUGUUGCUCACCAAAACCACUCCUCUGAGCAAGCCAGUAAAUAUAAAGUGAAUGCAGAAGAUUGCUUCCUCAAGUAUAAAGCCACCCAAUUUUGUCCCUCAGAGAAACCAGCUGGGGCAUUGGAAAGAAAACAAAGCAAUAAUGAUUUGAACAACCUGGGAGACUUUGUAGCUACAGUUAGUGAAGUGAAUAUUGAUAUCUUACCAUCUGAAAGGAUGAAGUGUGAAAGUGAGAAGUGUGGCAGUGAGCAUAUUCCAGAGAAAAAGAAGGCAAAGUAUUUAAAUAUUCCAGGAAAUUCUAGAAUAACAUCAAGUAUCCCACCGAUUCAGGAAGAUGGACUACAACAAAGAGCAAAGCAAGCUUUUAAACCUGAAAAUGUUGAGUCUAAGAAGUCUUAUGUUGCUGCUAUAGCAGAAGACGGUGACACUUUGAAACUCCUGCAGCCUGUAUCAAAAGACCAAAGGCAAACUGAUCCGAGCUUGGAUUCUACUGAAAAGCUGCUAGAACCAUUUGUUCCUGUUGUAAUUCAAGAUGAUGUCUGUCAUGGAGCUCAGGAAAAAAUGACCUCCCACUUGCAGCCUCCUCAUUCUGUCAGUGAACCCUCUCUCUCACGGCAGCGACGGCAGAAAAAAGGAGAAGUGGCAGAAACCUCUUCAGAGAAGUUCAGAAUGGUUGCACCUCGGCCUUUACCUUUUCCUUGUGAUGUGAACACAAAGAGAACCCAGGAGUGUGCAGAGCAGCACGGUGCUGAAGCCUCUGAAUCUGCAAGUAGCACCAAAACCAGUCAAGUUGCCAUUUCAAAGGAGAGGCCUUUGUCAGCAAGAGAACGAAGGAGGCUAAAACAGUCUCAGGAGGAGAUGUUUCCCCCUGUGAUUGCAGCAAGACGAACGUCAGCUAGUGCAGUAGUUGAAGCAAAAUCAUGUAUGGAAAAGCAUGUUAAAGUUUCUCAGUCCUCAUCAGAACCCAGUAUUUCUCAGAGAAAGAGAGAAAGCCAUGGUGCGUCUGAUGAUGAGUUAAGCUCUUCCACAAGCUCUACAGAUAAGUCUGAUGGUGAUUCCAAAGAGAGAAAAAGCAGUCUGAUUGAAAUGAAUGACUUAGUGCAGCUAAUGACACGGACCUUGAAAACGGACUCCAGGGAGAACUCUGAAUACUGUGUAACCUCAGCUCCAGCCCCAGAGUUUAAACUUCACCGAAAGUACCGAGACACUCUGCUUUUACAUGGAAAAUCACCUGAUGAGUUGGAGGAAUUAAAACUAGAAGAGAUUUCUUCAGAUGUGCUAUCAGUUCCUGAGAAGAUUAGGAGAAUGGUUGAAAUCCUGAGAUCUGAUGUGGUGCAAGGGCUGGGAGUAAAACUGCUUGAGGAGGCAUACAGCAUCAUGGAAGAAGAUGAUGAAGUGAAAAGAGAGCUGCAGUUGCGGGAGCACUUGGGAGACAAGUAUGCAAGUUACAGCGCGAAGGCACGCCAUCUGAAAUUUCUUGAAGAAAAUGUGAAGUUCUGACCAGAACUUUUUCC